CCUCCUGAAAUCCAGUGCUAGCUAAGUACAGGAGGAAUGACAAAUUGCAUGAUAAACGCCUAAGAACUACCUCUCACCUAGAGGCGGUCCAGCUCAACUGCUACAGCAAAAAGACAAAUGAGAAGGGUAUAACAAACGCAGAAAGGGAAGCUCUGGGCGUGGAGAGAGGCUUGGGCUGCUCCCUCCCUAAGGAGGUGGGAAGAGGAAGGCACGAAGUCUUCCCGGGCGGGCUAUCAACUCUGCCUCCCCAGCCGCUGCCGGGGCCCCGCUCACCCGCGUCCGUCCCCGCGCCGGGCCGGGCGGGCGCUGUCCCCACUCCGGGUGCUGAAGGGGCGGCGCCUCACGGCACCUGCCGUUGCUCGGCACGAAGCUGCACCGCCUGCCGCCGGUCAUGGACGCGCUGCCCUGCCUCGUGCUGCUCAUGUACUUCACAAGUACAUGCACUGCCCAGACUACUGAUUGCCCACGCUUCAGUAAGCAAUGUAUGAAUGUCGCAAAUGGGUGUGAUAGUGUCUGGACUAUUGUUGAAGAUAUCUGCAAUAUUUCAGAUAAUAGAUGCAAGGCAGAAGAUGCAAUUGGCUGUAAUAGAAUCAUCCAGGCACUGGCUGACAAAUAUCCAGAAUUCAAAAACUGUGUCUGCACUCUAGAUGGUCCCUGCAGCAUCACAGCUACACUCAGGAAUCGAUGCAGUGUUGACAAAGAGUAUUUGGAAAGUUCCUCAAGAUCUGAUGCUGACCUGAGUCUUAGGCAUCUCAGAAAGCCCCAAAGCCAAAGACACCCCAACGAAUCAGAGAAGGACUGCAACAUUGCAAAAAGAUUCUGCCAAGAGGAUCCCUACUGUUCUUCAGUGUAUAAGAGCUUCCAGCGAGCAUGCAGGGCAGAGGCAGCAAAAUGUAGCAUGGGCAGCCAAGAAUGUUUGUCAGCAUGGAAUGAACUGAGGAAAACAGUGUUGGGAGAGUGCAAGUGCUCAGAGCCACUUCAAAGGAGAUGCCUUAAAAUAUGGAAAAGAAUAUUUAGCAACCCUUGUUUGCAAUACUCUCAAGGGAUCCAAGAUUCCAUAGCUAGUGAAAAUGGUGAUGAAGAUGAUGAUGAUGGUGAUGAUCAUAAUAAAAAUCAGGACACUGACACAGACCACAUUAGUUUGGAAACAAAGUUACAAUGGAGUUUAUCAUCUCUCUCCAAGCAAGCAUAUACAGCUAACAGAUCCUGUUUGGAUGUGAACAUGGACUGUGUUGAAGAUGAAGUAUGUAACAAACAGUUGUCCCUGUACCUAAAGGUCUGUUCAAAUAAGAAGUGCAACAUGGAAGAAUGCCAGGCAGCAAUGAGGUUCUUCUAUCACAACAUGCCUUUUGAAGUUGCCCAAAUGAUGGCAUUUUGUGAUUGCAUCCAGCCUGAUGAAUCCUGCCACAGUGCCAAAGAACUUCUUCAUGGCAAGCCCUGUGCAAUUACUUCAUCUCCACUCCCAUCAUGUCUAAGAGUAAUUCACAUGUGUGAGGAAAAUGAAUUGUGCAGGAAAAAAUACAAAACUUUUUGGGCCAAAUGUUGGAGACACGUCACCAAAGAAUGCUAUGAUGAUGAAGCUUGUCUUGAAACUUUAAUCAAAGACGACAUGCCCUGUUCUGCAACUGCUGAUUGCAAAGCAGCCUACAUCAGCAACUGGGGCACAGUGCUGCGUGUGGAAUGCACCUGUCAGAAUUCACCACCAGCAGAACAGUCGCUGUGCAAGCUCUUCCAUCACAUGCUUCACAGCACAUCCUGCUUCAGUCAGUUACGUCAAAUUUCAGUUAAGAAAGGUUUUCAUUGGCUGAAUACAGAAAUACCAGGAGAAAAGCUUUCCAGAACACAACUGCAUUCAUCUUCAAUUGAUGGUGACACAGUCUACAUUAUUGCCUAUUCCUCCUGCAUAGUUCUCAUCAUAGGAAUAGUCCUGUUGACUCUCCUAAAGAUCAGAGCCUGCAGAACAAAACAUGAGUCAAGAAGUCCCUCGCCAGAUCAUUCUUCUGAAACAUUUAUGGUCCAUUAUAAAAGUCACAGAUGAAGUACUUUGUUGCUUAUGCUUUUUAAGGCUACUCUUGAAAGCCAGCCUGUUGUACAUAUGCGGUAAUAAAAUAUAUAUUAGAAAACUUACUAUAAAUUAUGGUAUUUUGUAGUUGUGCAUACAGAAGAUUUUUCUAUUUAUUAACACAUUAAAACUUUCACAACCUGGAAAAAAAGAAACAUAUUUUUGUGUAGAUUCAUAGAUCUGUCCUGAGCUAUACAUUAGCUAUAUCCUCAGACUCACAUCUGAUAUUAACGCCAUAUCAGCACGAGUCUUGCUUUGCAACAAACUGCAAGAGGGGCAAACUGUGGGAGCCACCCUACAGAGGUGAAUUCAUCAGGCAAAAGGAAAAAAGUCCACUCAGAGACAUUUCAGAGAGUAGUUAGAAAGCAUGUAUGUGGGGGUUUAGUGCUCUAGGUUCCCUCCAUGUACCCAGUGGGAUAUCUAUGAGGCAGGUGGCCUGCAGUUUGAUUGUGGAGCACUCAGUGAGGUAGAGUGAGAUCAGGAUUACAGCACCUGUCAGAGUGAAGAGGAAUUUAAUUGGGUGUCUGGUGGAUUUUUUGACCAGUAUGUUGUCGUUGAAACCGGUUAAUCCUUUCCUUCCAAGAUGCUUCAAAAAGAAAUGAGAGAACAUCGCCAGACUGAAAACAAUUUUAGAAAACAUUCUAUGAUCUGAAUUCCCAGUGGCAAAAACCAUUUGUUGGGGGACAGAGUGAAAUGCCUGUUUCUUGAGAGAUCAGAUACAACCUCUCUCUUCAUCUCUGUUUCAUAUUAAUUGUCUCUAGGCCAUACUUGAAGUGCCUAAUUCUCCUUGUGCACUGUACUGGGAGUCAUGAUCCCUAACACACUGUUCUGGAUCCCACUUUGUGGCGAUGAGUUCUGCAUUUCUCCUUGUAGCUGAGUCGUUUCACUAGAUUUAAGCUUCUGCUUAUUAGAGGUUGAUUGUCUGUUGUGUUUCUGUAACAUUCAUGUUCUGGUCAGCACAAGGUAACAGACUAGCAUUUCUUGUAUUGCUGUCACAAGCAGUGUAUGUCUUAUCUUUUCAUCAUAACAUCCACCAAAUUUUCUAAUUAGUUUAUACUAAGAUGUUAGGAACUCUUCAUACGUGUGCUUAGACACAAACUCUCACACACAGGAGCAUGUAAAAUGCAUCUUAAGCUGGGGUAAGCACGUGACUUACUCUGAAAGACCGCAAGAUAUUGAGUGGAUACUGUGUAUGUACUAUAUAUGUACUGUGUACUUGUGGAAUUUUACGGACAUUAGGACUAACUUUAAUGCUUAAAGGAUAUUUCCUCCAUUAUAAUACGUAACAUGUGCUUGUAUCACAAUUCCCUUGAUUUAUAUUUCAUAGUGGCACUGUAUUCUGUCAAUUGUAUGUAGACAUUAACUAUUAAAUAAAGGAAUCUCUGCUGUGAUAAUCUGUA